AUGUUGAUUCUACCAGCUGGUACUACCAAGAUUGACGGUCCCUCGUGGAUGCCCACCGACAUCACCCCAUUUGAUCCGACUUUUUCCGAGGACUCUGUCCCAGAAGAAAUCUUCCCUGUCGAUAUUCAACAUUAUCCCACCGAUCAUGACUACGAAUUCGUGAACGACGACGACGACGAUUUAAUCAGUGUUGAGGAAAAAGAAGGGAUCAAUCCAAUCGAGAAUCUCUUCAAUGAGAAUGUCUUGUUGGCUCAGAGUUUCCCGUUAUUUGGUUAUUUAUUGGGAGCAGCAGACGGAGCAAAAUGCGAUGACCAAGUGGCGGUGAUCGAUCAAUUCUGCACUCAACUUCAACAAGCCACCAUCGAUAGUGAUCUUCUCACGUUUCAAGAGGAAAACAUUCUUCAAGAGAAUUUCCUAAAAGAUGCACCUUCUCUUCUGAGAAACUCUUUCCACCAAUUGAUGAGACAAAUUAUCACGCCAGUUGGAGAAUUAUCGCCAGUUGAACUAUCGUUUCAAGUGAAUCAGGAAAUCGUCAAACCAAUUCGCGCAUGUGUAUCGUAUUUGGUGAAAUUCUUGCAAAAAGGCACCAAUUUUUUGGCGUUUGAAGAGGAGAUGGGAAAAAAAACGAUUGAUAAUAUUCUCGAGAAUUUGACAACAAUCCUCAAGGAAAAGGGCCGUUUUCUAUAUGAUUGGUGUGAGCAACGAGUGAGUGAAUGGGAUCAUGAACUUUACGUGAACUUGUUUACAAUUCACAAGAAGUCUUUCCAAUUGACGAAUUUGAUGAAAUUGUUCCUGAUCGGAGCCAAAUGUGAGGGAGAUUUUGACGAGAUUCGAGAUUACAUUGAUGACUUCAAAAUAAUGAAAGGAAUGAUCGAAGAAAUUGAUGAAAAAUUUCGGUCAGACUUUGCCUACCUCGACUUUCUUCAUCAUCAAGUUCCUGAAUUCGAUCGCAAUGUUGCUGAGAUUGACUUAGAGGAGUUAUGCUAUAAGUUGGGAAGUAAGAAAUGGAGCGACACAGACGAGUGGAUUAAUCACUACUGGCUUCUCAGUUUCUCCGUUGACAAUAAUCACUUUGAUGUUGAUCCCAAGUACACCCAUGUGUGCGAAUUACAUCGAGAGACCGGCAGAAUCUAUGUGCUUCAUCGACGAAGCUUUCAUCUAGCACAAGAUCCUCCACACUUAAAGGCCACCUGGAAUAAUUGGCAUGGAGAUGAAAUGAAAACGGUUGAUUUUGCUGUCAGAGAUGAAUGCAACGGAAUUGAUGUGGUAAACAUCACGCUAAAGCAACUAAUUGAUCAGUGUCACAUAAAGGCUCGUUUGGGUGCCAAAGAGUGCAAGACAGUGAUCACCACCGGUCAAAUGGACUUCUGUUCCUUUGGCGAACACCCAAAUGCGGCCGGGCGAGUCAUUCGAAUGUUCAAUCGAAUAAGCAUUUUUAUCGGAUUU